UUAAAGAAUUCAGCAUUCCCUUCAAGUUUUUAAAAAGUGAAACUGUUCUAUAUACUCAACAUAUCGAUAAUACUUUCUGGAUUAGACGAGACAAGCGUCGAAGAUAACAAAGUUUUAUUUAUGGACUUUUUCGUGUUGUGUUGUGUUGAAGAAGCCAAAAAAAAUUUGUGAUUAUUACUAAUCUGAUUAUUGAUAACAAAAAGAGUUUAAACUUUGAAGAGACUAUGUCAAGGUUCAAGAAUGAAAUGUUUUUGUGAUUUAAUUACACGUUCCAAGUUCAAAUGAUUCAUGAAAUGUGUUUACACGCAUUUUGCCUUAUUUUUUGCUAAAGUAUUUCUUAUCACAAUCUACGCUUCAGACUUUUUGUUGAUAAAUUGUUUCGAAGAGAGCAAAGCAACUCUCUCGUCAUCUCUCGAACGCAAUCUGACCCGGAUCGUGUCUAGUUUUUAAUUUGUCACAAUGGGCAAUGAUAACGAUGACCACCAUGUUCGCCUUCGUCGAACUCAAAGUGUAACACGUGCUGAAGAAAUUACAACCUCCGAACAGAAACAACGAAAAUCACAACCAGAUAAGCCAAUCCACAAACCAAGAGAUUCGCUUUUCUCAUGGAGUUCAAACUUCAACGACUUCUCCGGACUUGUCAAUUGGGGUUUUCUUUUGUUGACCAUGGGAGGCAUCAGAUUAUUGCUCGAAAACUUUAUCAAGUAUGGAAUUAGAGUUGAUCCAAUGCAAUGGUUUAAUGUGCUAACUGGAAAAGAUGAAGGUGAUGCGUCAUAUCCAUCGAUUGUCUUAGGAAUGUAUGCAACUGUUCCAAUUGUGAUAUGUUUGAUAAUUGAGAAAGGACUUUCAGUUGAAAUUAUUGCUGAAACGUCAGGAAGAAUGGCGCAUGUGUUCAAUCUUGUCGUGUUGUUGAUGAUACCAAUCGUUGUGAUUUAUCUUCGUGGAACAUCAUUUGCUUUGAUUGGUUCUGUUGGAAUUUGCGUUCUUUACUCAAUUUUGUUCAUGAAGCUUUGGAGUUAUGUUCAAGUGAACCUCUGGUGUCGAAUGAGUCAAAAGCAACAUAAAAAUUCGAUUUCUGGAAAACGACGAGAAAGUUUUUCCAUCGAUAGAAGAAGAGAGAGCGAAGAUUUUAAUGGCAAUGCACUUCCAAAUGGCUACACAGAACAUCAUCAACCUCCAACUUUAGUGAAAUAUCCUGACAAUCUUUCUUUAAAAGAUCUUUUCUACUUCCUUUGUGCUCCAACUCUCUGCUAUGAAUUGAACUUCCCGAGAACGACGAGAAUCAGAAAACGAUUCUUAAUCAAAAGACUUGUGGAGUUUGUCGUUGGUGUUAAUAUUGUUAUGGCGCUUUUCCAACAAUGGAUGAUUCCAUCAGUGAAGAACUCGCUGGUUCCUUUCUCGAAUAUGGAAUUCACAAAAGCAACUGAAAGACUUUUAAAACUUGCGAUUCCUAAUCAUUUUAUUUGGCUGUGUCUCUUCUACUUGACGUUCCAUUCAUUCUUAAAUCUUCUCGGCGAAAUUCUUCACUUUGCUGAUCGAAAUUUUUACUGUGAUUGGUGGAAUUCGAACAAUGUUGAUGUGUUUUGGAGGACAUGGAACAUGCCGGUACAUCGAUGGUGUGUUCGUCAUCUUUAUAUUCCUAUUGUUGACAUGGGGUACAACAAAACGGUGGCAUCAAUUAUUGUGUUCUUUGUCAGUGCCUUCUUCCAUGAAUAUUUAGUGUCGGUGCCAUUGAAGACAUUCAAGAUUUGGGCUUUCAUGGGAAUGAUGGCACAAAUUCCGCUCUCAUUCAUCUCGAAAUUUCUCGAAACUAACAUGGGAGAGCGAUGGGGAAACGUUCUGGUCUGGGCGUCACUUAUACUCGGCCAACCGCUUUGUAUCUUGGUCUACUAUCACGAUUAUGUCAUACAAAACUUCAACCACAUUGAAAAAGAGUUUUCCAACUUUAAUUCAAUGUUAGAGAAAGAAAAUUCGUUUGACUUUUCUAAAUAUUUGAAAGGCAAUUUAAAUGUCAAUCAUUUAAAAGGAAAAAUAUUUAAAUCAGAAGAUUCAGAGAAGAUUUUCGAAAGGAAUUUAAGAUUGCCGAACGAUACAAUUCCGCUUCAUUAUAAUCUGAGAUUGAGAACAAACAUCCAUAAUAAUGAUCCCGAUUAUCAUGGAGAUGUAAGAAUUAAAUUCCAAGUUUUGGAGCCAACUGACACCAUAACAAUUCAUUCGACAAACGUGAUAAGGUGGAUUGACUUGUUCAACGGACCAGACAUUGAAAUCUUCAACUUACCUUUCACGAUGAACCAUUUCUUUAAUUUGCUGAUUAUAAGAAUCCCUCGUUUACUUAACCCUCAGGAAGAGAGAACUCUUCGAAUAGAAUUUUCAGGACAAAUCACCGACAGCAUCAGAGGUUUUUAUCGGACAAGUUAUCGAAGGCAAUCAGGUGAAUUGGCACCACUCGCUUCAACUUUUCUCCAUCCAAUUUUUGCACGAAAUGUUUUCCCAUGUUAUGAUGAAAUAAGAUAUCGAACAUCAUUUGAUUUAGCAAUUGAACAUCAUGUGACUUAUAACGCUGUUUCAAACAUGCCCGUAUUGUCACGUGUUCCAACUGAUUUUGGAUUUAUUACAACAACUUUUGAAACAACUCCGAUGAUGCCCAUAUCUGCACUCGCUUUCACCAUCUCAGAUUUCACUUCCGUUACUAAUGAAAAUGAAAAUUUACCGAUGAGUGUUUGGGCAAAUCCUUUCUUGAUUGGAGAUGGUAGAGCUGACAAUGGACUGUUGUUGCACGAGCAAACGUGGAAUACUUUAGAAGGAAUUUUCAACAUUUCCUUUUCACUUCCCAAAAGUGAUGUAAUUUUAAUCCCAACGAGCUUCAUUGACUCAGUAAAUUGGGGACUUAUCGGUCUUCCUGAAAACUGGGUAAUUACAGGAAGUUUUGAAGACCCUCCUGAGUUAGGAAUCAUUUUUGCAAAUAAAAAUGCCCACCAAUAUUUCGGGAAUUUAGUAUCGCAAUCGUCGUGGGCUUAUAGUUGGCUUAGCACUGGGGUUUCAAAACUUUAUGAAAAUAUUGUUAUCGAUAUCAUAAACCCUGAAAGACAUCAAUGGGAACAUUUCUUGAUUGAUUUUCUUGAUAUAAUGUUUCAAUUGGACACUUUCAACUUUCUUCCGCCACUCAAUCGAUACCCUGAAAGUGAUCAAGAAAUUAUCCGAAAAUUUGAUGUCCCGGAUGAAGUAAAAGGUGCGAUUAUUCUAAGAAUGUUGAAGGAAGCAUUAGGGGAUGAGAUUUUUACGGAAGGCGUAAGAGAAUAUUUGCUUGACAUGCAAUACAAGUCAGCAUCGCCCGAUGAUUUAUUCAGAAAUGUUCAGAAAGUUUAUGAUGUGCUUUCCCCUGGAAAUAAUGUUGAUCUUGGAUUGAUGAUGACACCAUGGUUGGAAGUAAGUGGAUUUCCACUGUUGACUGUUCAAAGAACCGAAAAUGGCUUGAAAUUGAAACAAGAAACUUUUCAACAAGUUCAUAAUGAACUUUUCAAUAUUCCAAUAAGUUUUACAACUUCUAAAGCUUUAGACUUUGACAAUACGACAACAAACUUGUGGAUGACGGCAGAGGAAAUGGAUUUGAAUGUCGAUAACGACAUUGAUUGGGGGAUUUUUAAUUUACGUGACACGUCGUUUUACUUGACAAACUAUGAUGAUCAACUUUGGCGGGGGAUCAACAAUGCUUUGAAUAACGAUCACGAAGCAAUUCACUUUCUGAAUCGAGGAACUCUUUUUGCUGAUUUCUCAAGAUUUUUUCAAGAAGAUUUUCAUAUCAGUUCCGUAGUUUUCCUCGAAAUGAUGCGAUCAUUGAGAUUGGAGUUUCAUCCUCAUGUUUGGAAUCGUGCAACAAGUGGAAUGAUUUUAAAACAACUAAGACUUCGAGGAUCCGAGUUUGAUGAAGAUCAUACAAAUUUCAUGAAGAAUCUUAUGACAACGGUUUACGGGAGAUUUCCAGUUGAGUGGAGUUCGCCAUGGAAUGAUAUUAUUGCAGCUCAAAGUGUCACCUUCUUUAGUUGCUUUUCAGGUGUUGAAUUAUGUCGGGAAGACGCUAUGAAUGCAUUGAUACAAUAUCUUGAAACUGGAGUCACUUCAGUGCCUUAUGAAUUUCAGUGCAGUGCAUUAAUGGGUGCAAAUGAAACUAUUUGGACGAUGGUUUUAGAUAAUGCACUGGAAACGGGAAAUACAUCUGUAAUACAAUCAAAUUUAGCCAGAUUGAGCUGUAGCCAAGAUAAACUUCUGAUAGAAACUUUAAUUAACAUCAUUCUUGAUCCAACGAUUGAUUUAAUUCAAGACCAAUUUAGACAUUUUAUGUUUUCUUCUGUCUUGCUGAAUAGUAAUUUGGCAAGUUAUGAAGCUGUCAUUGAUACUGUUGAAACAAGAUAUGAAGAACUAGAAGCCGUAGGGGUUAAUAUUCUGACAGUUCUUUUUAACGCUGCCUUUGUCACGAACACUGAACAACAAGCUGAAAGGUUUUUAAACAUUUUAAGCCAACAUUCACCUUGGCCCAUUGAACAGGAACAGAUUGAAUUUGUCAUUAACAGAAACAUUGAAUACGUACAAAGAAAUGCUGAAGAACUUCGAGAAUGGUACGCAUCACUUGCUGAAAUACAAAAUUCAUAAAUGAACAGGAAACUUAAGAUUUUCAUUUCAAGCUAAUGAAACC